CAAUGACCAAUCACCAGGCAGCCUGUCAGUGACGGAAGUAUGCGCCGGAAGCAUGGAGCGCUCGAUCGGCAUGACUUUCCAUUAGGAGCUGCUGGUCGCGGAUCGAUAAGACAAAAUGCGGUUUUAAGAGGCAUAAUAGCGGAUUUGUCUCAUGACAGGACCGCUUAAGGCCGCUGGAUAGAGAAACAGCAAAUAUGGCGAGCUAACCGGGUUGAGCAGGAGAGGAGCGAGUGUGUGUGCGUGUGAUUUUGUGUGUGAGGUCACCGGCGGCAACGAUGCAACAGAAGCGCAACAUUCAGAUCAUUGAAUGGGAGGAUCUGGACAAGAGGAAGUUCUACUCGCUGGGCGUCUUCAUGACCAUGACCACACGGGCCACCGUCUACCCGUUCACCCUGAUCCGCACCAGAUUGCAGGUGCAGAAGGGGAAGUCGCUCUAUAACGGCACCUUCGACGCCUUCUGUAAGAUUGUGAAGGGCGAGGGGGUGCGUGGCCUUUAUCGAGGGUUCAUGGUCAACACGUUCACGCUCAUCUCAGGGCAGGCCUACAUCACUACCUAUGAGCUGGUACGGAAAUACGUGUCCUGUUACUCAUCCAAUAACACGGUCAAGUCUCUGGUGGCGGGCGGCGCGGCCUCACUGGUGGCCCAAAGCAUCACGGUGCCCAUCGACGUGGUGUCCCAGCAGCUGAUGGUGCAGGGUCAGGGGUGUCAGCUCACACGCUUCAAACUCAAGCCCAAGAUGGCGAUGGCCACGUCCAAACACAAAGUGACAUUUGGUCAGACCAGAGACAUUGUGGUGCAGAUUUUUCACACGGAUGGAUUUCGGGGUUUUUAUCGUGGAUAUGUGGCGUCGCUCCUCACCUACAUUCCCAACAGCGCCGUGUGGUGGCCAUUUUAUCACUUUUAUGGAGAGCAGCUCUCCAGACUGGCUCCUGCUGACUGUCCGCACCUCCUCCUGCAGGCCGUGGCGGGACCGAUGGCUGCAGCUACAGCCUCCACCCUCACCAACCCCAUGGACGUGGUUCGAGCCCGAGUACAGGUUGAAGGUCGCUCGUCUGUGCUGGAGACGUUUAAGCAGCUCCUGGCUGAAGAGGGCGUGUGGGGUCUCACCAAGGGCCUGUCUGCACGCAUCAUUUCCUCCACGCCCACAUCGGUCAUGAUCGUCAUCGGUUACGAGACACUAAAGAGACUCAGUCCUGCGGCCUGA